UUUCGGUUUCAUUUCCGGCGGCCCCGCGGCCCGGAGCGGCCGCGCCGAGCGCCCACACCCCCCCCUGCGCUGCCCCCUCCUCAGCCCCGCGGGCGGCCACACCCCCCCGGGCUCGGCGUGAACCGAGCGCCCCCGCCCCGCACACACACACCGCUCCUCCCCCGCCUCCUGCGCCGGCACAGAGAAAGGGAAGGGAGGCGGCGCCGCCGGGCCCGGGUCUCCCGCACCGCACACAACAUGGAGGAGCUGGUGGUGGAGGUGCGGGGCUCCAACGGGGCCUUCUACAAGGCAUUUGUAAAGGAUGUGCAUGAAGAUUCAAUAACAGUUUCGUUUGAAAACAACUGGCAACCAGAGAGACAAAUACCAUUCCAUGAUGUGAGGUUCCCACCACCUGCAGGCUAUAACAAAGACAUAAAUGAAAGUGAUGAAGUAGAGGUUUAUUCCAGGGCAAAUGAAAAAGAACCCUGCUGUUGGUGGUUGGCUAAAGUGAGAAUGAUAAAGGGUGAGUUCUACGUAAUAGAAUAUGCAGCCUGUGAUGCUACAUACAACGAAAUCGUCACAAUUGAGCGCUUGAGAUCUGUGAACCCCAAUAAACCCGCAACAAAAGAUACUUUUCAUAAAAUCAAACUGGCAGUUCCCGAAGAUUUAAGGCAAAUGUGUGCCAAAGAAUCUGCACAUAAGGAUUUCAAAAAGGCAGUUGGAGCUUUUUCUGUAACAUAUGAUUCUGAAAACCACCAGCUUAUUAUUUUGUCAAUCAACGACGUAACAACAAAGCGGGCAAACAUGCUGAUUGAUAUGCACUUUCGAAGUCUUCGUACCAAGUUAUCCCUGAUACUGAGAAAUGAAGAAGCCAGCAAACAGCUGGAGAGUUCUAGGCAACUUGCAUCACGGUUCCACGAACAGUUUGUUGUACGUGAAGACCUGAUGGGUUUGGCCAUUGGCACUCAUGGUGCUAAUAUUCAGCAAGCCAGAAAAGUCCCUGGAGUGACUGCCAUUGACCUUGAUGAAGAUACUUGUACAUUCCAUAUUUAUGGAGAGGAUCAAGAUGCAGUGAAAAAGGCAAGAAGUUACCUUGAAUUUGCUGAAGAUGUUAUACAAGUUCCAAGAAAUUUAGUAGGAAAAGUAAUAGGAAAAAAUGGAAAACUGAUUCAAGAGAUAGUGGACAAAUCUGGCGUUGUAAGAGUGAGAAUUGAGGCUGAAAAUGAUAAAAAUAUUCCACAAGAAGAGGGCAUGGUGCCAUUUGUGUUUGUGGGAACCAAGGAUAGCAUCACUAAUGCAACUGUUCUUCUGGAUUAUCAUCUUAAUUAUUUAAAGGAAGUGGACCAGCUGCGUUUGGAAAGAUUGCAAAUUGAUGAGCAGCUUCGGCAGAUCGGAGCUACUUCCAGGCCACCCCCCAACCGCACGGACAAGGAGAAGGGGUACAUGACCGACGACGGGCCCGGGCUCGGCCGAGGGAGUCGGCCUUACAGAAACCGGGGGCACAGCAGGCGGGGGCCAGGCUAUGCUUCAGGAACUAAUUCUGAAGCAUCAAAUGCUUCUGAAACAGAAUCUGAUCACAGAGAUGAACUGAGCGACUGGUCGGCGGCCCCGGCAGAGGAGGAGCGGGACAACUACCUGCGCAGGGGGGACGGGCGGAGACGUGGAGGGGGUGCACGAGGCCAAGGAGGGAGGGGGCGUGGAGGAUUCAAAGGAAACGAUGAACAGUCACGAACAGAUAACCGUCAGCGUAACUCAAGAGAGGCAAAAGGGAGAACAGCAGACGGAUCUCUUGAGAUCAGAAUUGACUGCAAUAAUGAAAGGAGUGUCCACACUAAAACAUUACAGAAUACCUCCAGCGAAGGCAGCCGGCUGCGCACGGGUAAAGAACGGAGCCAGAAGAAGGAGAAGACGGACAGCGCGGACGCUCAACAGCCGCUGGUGAACGGAGUCCCCUAAACUGCAUAACUCUGAAGUCAUAUUUCCUAUACUGUUUCAGUAAUUCCUAUUCCAUGUUAGAGAAACUUGUUAGGCCAAAGACAAAUAGUAGGCAAGAUGGCGCAGGGCAUGAAAUGAACAUAUGUUCUCUGUUAGCCUUUUUUAACAUCGACAGUAUGCAGUUGUUUUCAGAAAUAAGAAGUUAUUCAAAUAUUUGCAUAAAAAUACCUGAACUUCCGAAAAUCGCUUCCAAGUACAUAUUGCAGUUCAAACGAUGAAAGAUUCCUUUUUUUUGUUUGUUUGUUUUAAAAAUACUGAGCUGUGCAUUGGUAAACUUUCUGUUCAGUUGUACCAUUUUAACACAUCGGGUCAAAUUCACUGCUCAAUUUCAAUUUUCAGAAUAAAUAGUGUUUGCAGUAAUCAAAUUGGCUUCUGUUUUCAAUCUAACUUACCAGUUCUUCAUGAAAUGCUAUGUCGUUUUAUGUCCUGUGUCAGUUCACAUUCUGGUCCACCUUUUUCAAUAUUUUGGUGGACCCUGAAAUAUGUGUGAUGUAACAAUUGUCAUUUUCAUUAGCAAAAAAGUUGUAUGAUCUGUGCCUUUUUUAUAUCUUGGCAGGUAGGAAUAUUAUAUUUGGAUGCAGAAAUCAGGGAAGAUGAGUUGGUAACACUAAAUGUAAAAUAUAUGUAGCAAUCCUUGUCAGACGUUAGUACUUUAUAGACAAGUGCAUGCUUUCCAUAAUUUUUUCCUUACAUAAACAUUCAGUUAGGCAGUUAUAAGAAUAGGAAAUUUAUUUUGCACUGAAGAUUUGGCAAAUAGUGUUAUUGAAAAAGGGGUGUAAUUUUUUUCUUUGUAGGCAGUACAGAAGCUUUUUUUUAAAAAAAAAAUUUAAAAAAAAAAAACCUUUCCAUUGUGGAAAACUAAAAAAUUCAUUGUUACUGAGGGAACAAGUGUAACAUGUUCACAAGCUAGUAAUGUGUGCCUGCUAUUUGGCCAGAUGACCAGCCUAAAGCAUCGAUGGUUUUCAUCCUCCUAAAAUUUUUGAAUUGCUUAUUUUGAUUUGGGGGCUAUUUCAGGAGAGGUAGGAAAAAAGUCACCACAUGUAACGCCCUGGAAGGUACAGAUACAGGAGUCGGAGAUGUCGGAGUUAGAAGGAAAGUUCAUCGUAUUUUGAGGUACAAGGUCCUAAUUACCAGCCAAUUUGAAAGUGUCACAGAAUUUGAUCCAAAGUACAGCUGUACACCAGGGAAGGGUGGGAAGUGGUGGGAGGAGCUGUGCUUUCCUUCAUUUCUGAUCACACAUGAAACUUACUGGGCACAACUGCAUAAGGACCUUCAUUUUAAUCCAUUUUUAUUCAGAUUACUCCAGAAGGAGAGCCACUGUUUAUGUACAGAAUUGUACAAACUUGACCUUGCCUCUGAUGUAUUUUGUGAGUUUUUUGUUUCUUUGCUUUCUUCAUUCUUUUUUUUCCUUGCAUACAGGUGAGCAUACUAAAACUGGCAACGAACUGCACAUGAUUUAACAAAUAUAAAAAUGUCUUAAAAAGUAUUGCCAAACAUUAAUGUUGAUUUCUAGUUAUUUAUUUUGGGAAUGUAUAGUAUUUGAAAACAGAAAUUGGUACCUUGCACACAUCAUCUGUAAGCUGUUUGGUUUAAAAUACUGUAGAUAAUUAACCAAGGUAGACUGACCUUGUAAUGUAACUGCUCUUGGGCAAUAUUCUCUGUACAUAUUAGCUACAACAGAUUGGAUUUUAUGUUGACAUUUGUUUGGUUAUAGUGCAAUAUAUUUUGUAUGCAAGCAGUUUCAAUAAAGUUUGAUCUUCCUCUGCUAA